GGUGCAAUCAUCGAUAUCCAUGUCAUUACAGUAUUGCGACUCGACUCGUCACUCAUCAAGGACACUGUGUUCCGUGCCUGGCCCUCAAAAAUCCUGGUGCCAACAUAAACCCCUUCAAUAAUUCUCCGAAGUCUCAUUUUAUUAUAUUUUGUGUUUGAUGGCCCUUGAGCCCUUGAAGAGGGCUGUGCUCUGACAAUGGCCAAAGGUGUUGGUUCGAAGCUUCAGCGAGGACCGUAACAGUAUCGCAACCAAAACUGCAUCUGGUGAUCUCAGUGAGAACAGCAUCUGUUGUCAAUGUCGCUGUCCCAGAGAUCUCGAUCUCUUGCCGGCGUGAAGAGUGCCACCCUUUUGGAAGGGCUUCGAAACGGCGAUGAUGCAGCUCUUACCAAGGCAGCUCCUGCAAACAACAAACAAAGAGAAUCUAGCAAAAAAGACGGAUCCAAGUCUCUUGUAGGCCUUCGCAUGAUGGAGCUAAUUGACAACACUGUUCAUGACGACAAUGGCACGAGUCGUCGACGAGGUCUCGCAAAGACGGAUUCUGUCAAGAAACUGGAAGGCAUGGGACUUGUCAAAUCACGCAAAAAUGGAAGCAAAAGGAGCGUAAAGAGCGGGGAUGAUCCCAAAAUGGAGGAGGCGCCAAGCUACAACUGGGCAAACUCCACCAAAGAAAAGCGAUCCAAGUCCCUGGUGGAUCUCCGCAUGAUGGACUUGGUCGAUGACAAAACGGACUCCAACAAGAAGGAAUCAAGCAGAGGAAGGGGGCUGGUGAAGAAAAAAUCGGCAAGGAAACUGGAAGGUACGGGCAUUGUCAAGUCUCGAAGGAAUACACUGGAUUGUCGGAGCAAAUCCCCAAAGAAACCAACCAGCAAGCCCAACAGUCGUGUCAAGGAAUUGUCCGAAAGCUUUGGUCCUGACCGUGCCACCACCAACAGCAAGAACACCAAAGGCCGCAAGGUGAGCCAGAAUUUGCAAGGAUUGUUGGAGAAGUUCAGUGACCAUUCCUCCAACAGCAGACCCAGCAGAAGGUCCAACAGAUCGGCAUCCAGACUGCAGCGUGUUGGCUCUGUAUCCUCCUUGCGAAAGGAAGCUCUGGGCCCAGGAAAAUUGUCAAAAUUCAGAACUGAUAGCAACCACAGUCUGGGGUCUCUGUACGGUAGUUGCCGUAGUGGACUGGGGGAUAGCGAUGAUAGCGACAAUGAUGACAAUACGUUUUACUCGGCCGCGGGGGACUGUAUUGAUGAUGACUUGAGCAGUUUGGGAGAUAUGAGCUCAGUAAACAACUACAGCAGCGACGGUGAUAUCAACGCUGACAGUGACUCCAACGCUCCAGCCUUGGAAGAAGACGACCAGAGUGUCGCAACCUGCAGCACCGCCCAAGACGGUUCGAGGAGCAAAAAGAAGUAUCGUGUCAUGUUGAGGUCGAGUAUUCUUGCCGUGGUGGGAGCACAGCGCAUCAGUUCUUGCCAAGAGAGCAUCGACGCUCUCGAGGGUACUGAACAGUCUUUUUUGGAGUGUCAACAAAAAGUAGCAGAUGCGAAGAAACAGGAGGCGGCCCGUUGCAUUCAACGAUUCUUCAAAUACUGCAAGGCCGUUCAUGAGAAUCACAAAGACGAAAUACUGUAUUGGCAAGAGGAGAAAAACGAUGUGCUCAGACGAAAGGAGGAAGAGCUCGAGACGGUCAAAAAUAUGUUGCACAUUGAAAAACAGCACGCUCUCGAGGAGUUCAUGGCAAAUCUCGAAGCAUCCGGCAAGUCGUCGUCACCACCUGUACCCGACGUCAACAAGCUCGAUUGGGACACCUUUUGUAUCCAGAUCCAGGAACUGAAGGAUGAAGUGAAGGAAGAAAGGCAAAUUUCUCAAAACCUCAAAGAGAACAUACACCAGUUGAUGCAAGCAAACAAAUUGUUAAAAGCAAGCGAAGAUACCCAAAUCACCAAGCUUCAAGGAUUCACAGAGAGAAUCCUGAACCUGAAAACUGAGAUGAACGAGCUGGAAGCCAUGGUGAACCUUGGAGAACGGGCCAUGAAAAGAGCAGUGCCGGAAGUCGAUAACGCCGGCAAAGUACUCGAAGAAGUGCAAGCAAAGAAAAAUGCAGUGGUAACCUGCCUUGUCAAGAUCGUUGACAUCGUUAAAAAUUCGGGAGACAGUGAUCUCUUUGGCGAGAUCAAGGAGAUGCAACUACGCCUAGAAGUGGAGCUUACCAAGAAGGGGGGUGCUCGUCGCAUCAUUGGUGGCAGUUCUCGUAAGCCAAAGAAUCGCAAAAACAGAGAGAUGGACACUCUGAAAGUUCUUGAAAAGGUUGUAUCCCAGCGCGAUCUGAAGAUUCUUGAAAAGGUUGUAUCCCAGCGCGACUCGAUGAACGACCAGUCUUCAUCUUCCAACUCGAGUGACGACGAGCCCUCGAAACGACAAUCUGAUUCAACCCCUCUAAUGAGCCUCAUCCAAAUGUCGCAAGAACCCAGCACUGGACGUGACAGCACCAGCAAGAAAAAUAAGAGAAAAGACGGUAUGAAACGAACCGAUUCGGCUCCACUUUUGAGUCUCAUUGAAAUUGCUCAUCAAACCCCCAAAUACGGCAAACGCACAAUGGAGCGCUGCGACUCGGCUCCGCUUCUGGCAGAAAUGAGGAGAAAGAGUGGAUCCUCGAAUACGCUCCCCAGCAGCAUGAAAAGAGUCAGCUCUAGCUCCAGCAUGAAAAGAGUCAGCUCUUCCGGCUCGCGCCUCAAUAGAGCGAACUCCAGUACUAGUUCUCGCGCCAAGUCUGAUGGGAUGAAAGAGAUACUGAGAAGGUCUGCGCCGUCCUUGGUCAUCAAUAUCGCCGACGACGGCGAUUCAUCCGCUUCAAGUAGGCCAGCCAAGACUUCCGGCGGCCUGAGGCGGAAUGGGUCGGCACCUUCAUUGGCCCUUGAAGUGGGCCAGGAAGCCAAACGGGAAAGAAGGCUGAAGAAGAUGUCUGCAGGACUCAAACGAAGCGGGUCCAACCGGUCACUAUCGCACGGUUCUGCUGACGACGACGAAGACGACAAAGAGCAAAGUAGAAGCAGUCGGCGACGAUCAAGAUCCAAAUCUCGGAAUGGUUCCAAGUCUUCUAAGGAGGGGGCUGGUGCGGGGCUGAUGCGAAAUACUUCUGCUCCUCCAUCGAUAAGCAAGUAUCGAAAGAAACUUGACAAACAAGACGACUGA